GAACCCAACAAUGUGUAACCGCAUUAGCCUCACUCCUUUCUCUAUAUAUCACUUUCAUAUCCUAUCUUUGAUGAAUUAAUCCGCUUACACCAUAGUCACUAAUUUUGAGAAAGUCCUUUUUUCUACGUUUCUUGCCGUCUUUAAACGGUGAUUAUUUCGGAUAUGGAAGACAGGCAAGAGGUUCCCUGUUCAUCUUAUUAUAGCAUUCUUGGCGUGGAUGCAGAGUCCUCCAUUGAAGAGAUUAAACGUGCUUAUCAUAGACUUGCUAUGCAAUGGCAUCCUGAUAAGUGGACAGGAACGCCUUCUCUGUUAAGUGAAGCUAAAUGUAAAUUCCAACAAAUUCAAGAGGCCUAUUCAGUGUUAUCUGAUCACAAGAAGAGAAAAAUGUAUGAUAUUGGAUUAUAUGACCCUCAGGAAGAAGAAGAAGAAGCUGAAGGACUUUCCGAUUUUGUGCAAGAAAUGUGGUCGCUCAUGGCACAGGAGAGAAGAAAGAAUAAGAAGUAUAGCAUGGAGGAGUUGCAGACAAUGUUAACGGAAAUGGUGCAAGAUUUUGAACCUUCACGCUCGAAAAGGGCACGCUCUGAUUCAAACGCAAUGGUGGAUAACGGAGGGUCAUGUUUUGGUGUACCAAGCUGGGGGGUGUGUGGAACAAGUAGUUAUUGCAGCAACUAAGGGACCAAAGUCGCUCUUUCUUGUGGGAACUGAAGAAAGAUCGUUCCCAUCUUUUACUGACACUCAAUGACGAGAAUCGCACAAUUUUGGAGAUGGAUGACAAUGGUUGUCAGAAAAUUGUUGAAUAGUUGUGUGGUAGUAGCCUUUAUUGGAAUUCUGGGCUAAAUAUUCUUCCAUUUGAAGAAGACAAGACAUGGAUGCCUGUGCAAAAUGAUCAAGCAAAUAUAAAAAAAGCAUGGUAGCAUUAUGUGGUAUUUGCAGUGUUGUUAUGGGGGGUGAUUUUGAUAUUUGGACUUGGAUUGGGUUGUUUGUUUUAUAACAACUGGAUGUGGCCUAAACUUUGGAAUAAAAACUAUUGGGCCUGUGAAUACAGUUUUUUUUUUUUGUUUGUAAAGAAGCGAGUUUCUUUCUUUAAUGUAAAAUCAGCGGUUGGAAGAAUUUGACCAUCA